AUGGGCAUCCAGGUCAACAUGGCGGUUGAUACAGGUCGAAGCCUGGGCACCCGUAUUAAUGAACACAAACUGGCUGUCCGUCGGCGAGACCCUCUGUCCAUCGUCUUUGCUCACGCACUCGAGUGCGACCACCGAUUCAGUUGGGAUGGCACUGAGGUCGUCGCCAUGGCUAACACAAAACGGGCCAGAGAAUUUCUCGAGGCUUGGUACUCCGAUGCUGGUAGUAUCAACCGCCAUGUUGACCUGGACGCCCAUUACGAGGGCCUACGCUCACGACUUACUGCCCCGCCCGCCCUAAUGCCACAGCAACGGCCGCCAAUCUAG